AUGGUUUCAGCGGUUCUUCUAGUGCACAAGGCAACGCCAAGCACGAUUACUCAAUUCCAUGAUAUCCUAUCAAACAGACUUCCUACACUAAAAGGCAAAUGGAGCUUUACAUUCAAGAUCUUCAGAAACAACAUCUACUCUGUGGCUCCAGAGCUUUCAGAAACACAUGAAACGGCACCUGAAUCCCAAUUCCUUUAUACUUGGUCGCCAUCGUAUCUUAAUGACUCGUGUGUGACUCUCAUAAACAAGAAAACAGCUACAGUCUUCAGCCAUGUGGUGCAAGAAGAGCUUGGAUCUAGUGGUAACGCUGAACUUGCAAUUCCUAAUGAUCAUUUACAUAAAGGCGCUACGUCUGGACUCAAUGACGCUUUUGAUUUUCUAGUUGGCCAUAGAAUGCAGAGCAUGUGGACCCAAAGACAGACCAUCAGAGGCGACGGAGGGCAAAUCUACGAGCUCGAAAACGGAAAUGUUACAAUAAAAACAGCUAACGUUUCUCUCCAUGGUAAUUUCCGUGGUUUCUUAAUUCAGAUUGAAGACGACCAUUCUAAGUCUGAAGACUCGGACACAAAGAAGAUCAUCGAGGACCUCAUUGCAAAGUACGAUAUUCCAUCUGGAAACCUCUGCUAUAAAGUCAUGAAUCCAGCCGAACUCGAUAUCUACGGUGACUUGGCCCUCCAGUAUGCUGAAAUAUUGAACUUUUAA